AUGUCGGCCUACUGUCAACAGGUUAAACUCCUGUCCGAUCAGCUUACUAGUGUGGGGGCCCCGGUUGACAAUCAGAGACUUGUUCUUCAACUUUUAACCAGUCUUACCGAACAGUACGACGGGAUUUCAAUGAUCCUACAGAAUAGGGAUCCUCUGCCUGAUUUUAAUGAAGCACGUUCAUGUCUCACGACGGAGGAAAGUAAGAAGAAACAUCAGGUUGCUCAAGCUGCCCAUUCCUCCGCCACUGCACUUGCGGCUGUCACAACCAGCCCUUCACCAUCUGACAACAACGCCAAUCCUCCUUCUGAUCGUAAUCGUGGAUGGGGUCGUAGCCGUGGACGUGGCAGGGGGCGUGGCCCCAAUGAUCGCGGGGCUGGGGGUACAAUGCUCAACACCCGUACAUUGUGUUUCCGCAGGGCUGGGCAUCGAAUCAGUGGGCUGGCCUUAUGA